AGAACAAUGGGCCUGCUUCUCUAUCUAUAGACGCAGAAACGGGAGAUCGAAGUGGAGGGAGAAAUAGAAAGCAACCAAAAGAACUUUCUAGAACAACUUUACCUUCGAAAAUGGAAAAAACAAACUAAAAACUGAGAGAACGAAAAGAUACUAAAGAGUCAAAGCAAGGCCCGAGGCAGAAAAUGGACUGUUUAAGCCUAAUACUUCUGGAGUAAGACGACACAAAUCUGACCUCCAUUGAUAUUUUAUCAUCCUGAAACUUUCCGUAAACAACAACAGCUAUUUUGAAGAUUUAUCCUGAAAUAAAGAGGACGUCCAUCACAGUGGAUGGAGGAGUCUGGCAGUCCCCGAUUUAGGAAGCUCCAUUUCCCAGUGGGCUUGUGGAUUAAUUCCCCACGGAAACACUUUGCCAAGCUGGGAGCUCGAUGGCCCAGUGCUGCCUCAGUCAAAUCCACCACGAGCUCAGAUGCCGCUUCAGUGCACGAGGCCCCAUCAUCAGUCCCCUCCUCCCUCUCUCACUCCACCCCUUCUCUAGCCCCACCCUCUCCAUCCCCUUCCCCCGCCUUCCUCCGCCCUCGCCCGGCCAAUCAGCAAUCCCGGGCCAAGCGUCUGUCCCACCUCUUUCUGAGGGGCCGGUCCAAUAGCGACAGGGACCGGGCCAUUGGAGAACGAGAAAGGGAGAUAUGGGCGCAUUCAGCCACCCCUUCAUCCCAUCACUACCUGCCACCAGCCUCCUCUAAUGCUCCCGGGCUGGUCAAGAUCUAUGGAGAUGCCCUGUCCAGUGGAGCCAACUACAGGAGCCUGCUGGCGAAUAUGCACUCCACUGCCCGCCAGCUCAUUCAGCAGGUCAUCACCCGCUACACGGAGAGAGAGAGAGAGAAUGAGAGUGAAGACACAGCUCUCCAGAAAUAUUUCCCCGAGGACUUCCUGUUGUGUGAUGUCAUUGGAAAGCCCAUUCACCAGGCAGAUGGAGCUGUUAAAUGGCAAACGGAGUGCCGGAGGGGUGUAGCGUCCUGGGAAUGUCCCUUACAGCUGGUGGAUAUGUGGAGGCCCAAAGACGGUUUCGAGCGACGCUUCGAGAUCCAGCGCCUGGAUGAGUAUGAGAGGGAGGAGAAAGAGAAGGAGAAGGAAAGAGAGAGGGAUGGAGAAAGCUAUCAAGGUGUGCGCUGGAGGCGGAGCCGCAUGUCUUCUGGGGGCGGAGCUGAGGAAGAGCGAGGUCAUCGAGGGCGGAACUCAGAGCUCAGGAGGAGCAUCAGUGACAUGAACCUUAGUCUGAGGCGCCGACAGGGAAACACUGGCAAUGACCCUCGCCGCUCUGGCUGUGCCCAAAACAAUGGACAGGACAGGAAGAACAUAGUGAGCAUGAUCGCAACUGAAGGAGGAGAGGUCAGCGGGUCAAGAGGAGGCGUCAGCGAGUCAGACAGACGCACCCGCGUGGCAGAGGAAGACAAAGACACCUGCGACCUGGAAGUGAUGUCGCAAAGCCUGAUCCUUCCACCGACAGACCGGCCUUACUUCCUGUUACUGCAGGGCUACGACCAGAGCAAGGACUUUGUGCUGUACAUCAUGGCGGGUCACACUCAUGUUUUUGGCCGGAAGCCGACGUUUCGUGAGCGCGAGAUGGACAGGGAGAGGGAGAAGAAGGGGAAGAGGCCUCUAAAAGUGGACACGUACCUCUCAGCUCCUGACCUGCUCGCCCGACACCUUCUGAUCAGAAGAGACACAGCCGUCCCAGAGCAACCACAUGGUCAAGCCCUGGCACGUCCAUUCAGAGGAGGACAAGCUACUCUUAAUGGAGCUCCACUCUACAGAGAAGCAGUCUUAAAGCCAGGAGACCUUCUUGGUCUUGGCAGCCACUUUCUUUUCCUGUACCGUGACCCGCGUGUGACUCCCGUCCCGCCACUGGCACUACCGCCACCAUGGCAAGGUGACAUGCCGACUUCCUUCGGGCCCGGCGGGAUGACAGACAGACAGGAAAUGCUUCGGCUGUAUCUUGGGUCCACAGAGUCCCUGCUGAGAUACCAGGCCAAACAUGCUGAUGCCCUGCUGCAGGAAAUUAUUUUAAAGAACACGAGCCCAGAUUCAGGGGGCGGAGCUUUGGCACCUGCAUAUCUUCUGUCACUCAUGAUUGACUACGCCUCUAAACAUCUGGAUCCCGAAUUAACACCACAGCUGCUUUUAAAGGCAGCCAAUCAGAUCAAAGGGAUUGUUUGGGACAAAAUUAAAGAGUUCGGUGACAAACAUCCAACACAAAACUCGGCAGAUGCUGAGGUUGAUCUUCCUCCACCGAGCGCUCAGAAACUGUCCUCUGACCUCCGGCCUCUCAUGUUCUGGAUGUCCAACGCCACAGAGCUCCUCAACUUCUUCCAGGUCAAAGUUGAAGCCCUGGAGAAAGAGUGGGAAUUUGAAGCUCCUGGUGACCCUGUUCUCUCGGCUGACAUGGACACCUGCUCUGAGGCUCUGGCUCAGCUCGAUGACGUCAUAAUGCACACCUUUCAGCAGUGCGUUUACCAUCUGACCAAGACUUUGUACUCCUUGCUCCCUGCACUGUUGGACACAAACCCAUUCUCCAGCGAGGAAAGGAAGAAAGCAAAAGCAGGAGUGAAGGACAAGACAGGUAGCGGAGGGGAAGGAGACGAGGAAGAGGAUGGGUCAGCUUUGCCACCCACUGUAGCAGGAUUGGUCGAGGUGUAUCGCUGCUCUCUUCAGCUCUCCAGAGAAGCUUGUCUCUCUCCGCCGCUGACCUCCCAAACAUUUGGCUACCUCUUCUUCUUCACAAACACCUCUCUUCUCAACACUCUCCUAGAGAGAGAUAAUCUUUUCUCUUGGUCACGCGCGGUUCAGAUUCGAACAAAUCUGGACUUGGUCUUAGACUGGCUGCAAGGAGCUGGUCUUGGAGAUAUUGCGUCAGAGUUUCUGAAGAAGCUUUCAGUUACUGUCAACUUCCUGUGCAUUCCGAAAACCCGCCUUAUUCAGUCAUCCUGGUCAAGUUUACAGGAAGAGCACCCCCUGCUAAGUCCAUCCCAGCUUCACCAUCUUCUCACUCAUUAUAAGCUCGGGCCAACGAGAGCCCCGCCUUCUUCAUGGGCUCCGCCUCUCGGAACCGAACUUGGAGGGGAUAUUUUUGAGAGUUUCCUGGACCAUCCUCCUCUUAUCCUGCCUAAUGAGACGCCUCGCCUGGACCUGACUCAGCCAAUCCCCAGCCCUGAGCUUCAGAAGGAAGUGACACGCCUGCGAACGUUCCUGUGGGGGCUCGACCAGGAUGAACUUCCUGCUAAUCAGCGGACGAGACUGUAAAAAUGUCUUCACCCCAUUUGUAAAAUUAUGACCAUUAUCUACUUUAUCUACAAACUAUCAGCUUCACGUAGAAUACAUUUCAUCUGACAUUCCUUCUUUCCUUGCCUAUCAAGCACACGUUUGACUUUAAUAGACAUAAACUGGAUCACUUAUGAUUAUGUAUAAUUCAAUGCAUUAGUUAACUUAAAGGUAACUAAUAUGAGAUUCAUUGCCUGGUUGCAAUGAUAAAUGAAAUUUCCUCUUUUGUAUUCUUUUAAAUUAGUUUUUUUUUUUUUUUUUAACACAUCCAAAUAUUCUACUACCAUAAACCAAUUUAAAUGUUAUGAUCAGGCUAAUUGAUUAUAUAUUUUCCCAUUUCUUUAAUAAAUAAAAUAACAUACA